AUGACGGUUGUGAAGCGGUAUGUACUGCGGCUGUUCAUAUCCUUGAAGUACAUUACAGCAAACGUGGUGGACAGAAACAAUGGCCGGAUUGUUACAUCAGCAUCUACAGUUGAACAUUCAAUCAAGGGCUCGCUUGAGUGUGGUCGGUCUUGCAAUGCAAAGGCAGCGUCAGUUGUUGGAGAGGUGUUGGCUAAGAGACUCAAGGUGGAUGGUCUUGACCAGGGGCAGGGACGAGGGAUUCACGUUAAUGUAAAUAAUGAACUUGAGAAGAAGGGUUUUAAGAACCGCACCAAGAUUUGGGCUAUUGUCAAUGCUCUUAAGAACAAUGGAGUCAAACUCAUUCUUGAUGAUAACGACGAAAAUACAUCUCGACCAAGUUACUAA